UUUUUCCUAUAUAAGACAAGUUAGCUUCAUUUGCUUUUCACUUCAACAAGUUUCAAUUAGUUCUGUUUUUUCAUAGAAGUUAGUUUUCCUAUAUGGCUCGUUCUAUCCCUUUCAUUUCAACCAUCUUUGUCAUGUUUCUGCUUCUUGUGGCCACUGAGAUGGGACCAAUUAAAGUGGCAGAGGCAAGAAUAUGUGAUUCACAAAGUAACACCUUCAAGGGACCAUGUGUGAUUGACCACAGUUGUGCUAUUGUUUGCCAAACUGAAGGUUUCACUGGAGGACAAUGUGAAGGCUUGCGUCGCAUUUGCUUUUGCACUAAACCUUGUUAAAUAUUUUUAUAAUAUAUAUCCCUAUAAAAAGAUUAUGGUACCAUCAUCUUUUGUACCUUUCUUUAAUUUGGAAUAAAUUUGAGGACUGCUCUUAAUUUC